AUGCUGCACAUGUUUCGUUUAACAGGUUUGCCUGUUUGCCCAGAGCUGACUCGAGAGCACAUCCCUAAAACCAGGGACGUGGGUCACUUUUUGUCUGUUACUGGGACUGUCAUACGUACCAGUCUGGUGAAGGUUCUGGAGUUUGAGCGGAGUUACAUCUGCGAUAAGUGCAAGCACGUCUUUGUCGUCAAGGCUGACUUCGAGCAGUACUACGCGUUCUGUCGUCCAUCAGCCUGUCUUAAUGAAGAAGGCUGCAACUCAACCAAGUUCACCUGUCUCUCUGGAACAACCUCUUCUCCUACCUGCUGCAGAGACUAUCAAGAAAUCAAAAUUCAGGAACAGGUUCAAAGACUGUCUGUUGGAAGCAUCCCUCGUUGCAUGGUGGUUGUUCUGGAAGAUGACUUAGUGGACAGUUGCAAGUCUGGAGAUGACAUCACAGUGUAUGGAGUGGUAAUGCAGAGGUGGAAACCUUUCCACGAGAGUGCACGCUGUGACUUGGAGCUUGUUUUGAAAGCCAACUAUGUUAAAGUAAAUAAUGAGCAGCUAUCAGGGGUUGUAAUUGAUGAAGAAGUCCGCAAGGAAUUUGAAGACUUCUGGGAAAAGCAUAGGAAUGAUCCCUUAGCAGGGAGGAAUGAAAUUUUGGCCAGCUUAUGUCCUCAAGUGUUUGGGUUGUACCUGGUGAAGUUGGCUGUAGCCAUGGUGCUUGCUGGUGGUGUACAGAGGACUGAUGCUACUGGAACUCGAAUCAGAGGUGAAUCACAUCUUCUGUUGGUUGGAGACCCAGGCACGGGGAAGUCUCAGUUUCUCAAGUAUGCAGUAAAGAUUAUGCCACGCUCAGUGCUUACUGCAGGAAUUGGAUCUACAAGUGCAGGUCUGGAGAGAAGCCAGAGAGAACAUUUUGGCUCAGCAUAA